AUGAUCCCGAGUGUGCGGGCCAGCACCGCAUGGCAUCGUCGCUGCGCUGCUGGCAGUACUACUGUAGUCGUCGCCACCUGCUGCCACUCAGUCGCAGCAUGGGCAAUUACACUUGUCCGCAGUAGCGUAACCGUCUCGGGCAGCUCAUGGUCGGAACCUGCCAUUUCCAGACGACCACUCACCUCAGAAGGUAGUGAAAGGACAGCACUGUUUGCUGCGCUGCCACUGCCGCCGAUUUAUCUCUUUCUGCGACAUAACUGGUAUCCGCCGCCACUGGUUUUCCAGUUGCCUACUUCGGAUAAACGGACGCCACAACUGCAACUUGAUUGCUGUGAAUCUACCUUCACCGAUCGAUUCCCAGCUGAAAUAUUCAUGCAUCAUUUAACAAUAUGA